GUCUCAACUUCCCUAUGAAAAAAUGCAGGCGUACUAGAGGAGAUGAGCGAAUCAGAAGGCAAGAGAGAUUCCAAAGCGGAUAUGGGGGAAACUGUCUUAUUAUCCGCAUCCGGCGAGAAGGAAGCCAGUGAGGGUAGGUCUGCGAGCAGGUGGGCAGCGGCCUUGCAGAGGCUAAGUAAAGAGGAUCAAACACAGUUUGAGCUUGCACAAAACGGCAUAGACGACCCGAAAUCCGUCCUCUCUAAUGUACUCACCGCUACUAACAAGCGAAAGGAAGAAUGCAUGAAGAAGAGAUGGAAACUGGUAAUUAAAGGGCAAACAAUCAUUAUAAGAGACAUUCUUGAAAAGCUUAGCAAUUGGGUUCAAAAAUUAUUAGCUGUUGGCGACGUUAUCAUUCAAUAUGAUCCUAUACAUGCAGCACUACCCUGGGCAGCUAUAAAACUCAUUAUGCAAGCCACCACAAACGACAUUGAGAUCUUUGGCCAUGUCCUCAGUUCGCUGGAAAACAUCAGCAAUCUUAUUGCUCAGUGUCAACUCAUUGAGGUGAUAUACCUUAUAGAAAGGAGAAAACAAAGUGGCAAAUUGUUUGGUCAACUAUCGGAAUGCAUAACGGACCUCUACGCCGCCAUCUUGGGAUACCUAGCAAGCAUUAUGCAUUAUUAUGGUCUGACUACGGUAGUACGAAUACUAAAAAGCGUCGUCGUUUCCAAGAAUGAUAUGAAGGCUAAAUAUGAACCCGUCGAAUCUGCCCAGGCCAAGUUUAGGCGCUUUGCCGAGAUUUCAGGAGCUCAGGAUUUGGGGAGCGCUAUUAAUGGCAUCCAAGGAAUCGAACAGCACCUUAAAGAUAAGGAUGAACGGGAUCAGAUGGAAAUGCAGUCCCUUAGAGAUACCAUGAAGGAUCUUCACCAACCUAUCGAUCGCAUUGACAGCCGUCUCGGGCAGAUUCAAGAUGGCAUUGAGCAGCAGGUGCGGACGCAAAUCCUCAAGGCGAUUUCCACCAUACCAUACGGCGUUCACCACAAAACUGCCAGCAAAGGUCGCUUGGAGGGCUCUGGCAGAUGGCUUUUAAAUAAAUCGGCUUUCAUUGACUGGAGAAAGAAAAGUAAUUCAUCUGUGCUAUGGCUUCACGGCAUUCCUGGCUCAGGAAAGACCAAACUGGCGUCUCUAGUUGUGGACGAGGUUAAAGGAAAAGAACACAUGGCCUAUUUCUACUGCCUAAGAAAUCCGGCCGAGCCACACCGAGCACAAUGCGACAAGAUUCUUGCGAGUUUUGUUCGCCAAUUGGCAAGCCUCACACCGAGCGAUCCGAUAUUGCCGCCUGUGAAAGAACAUUACGAAGAUGCUAUUGAAGGCUUUGUGGGAUUCGAGGACCAGGUUUGGACAUCAGACGAGUGUGUCGAAGUUUUGAUCCAGCUUGUGGACGAGUAUCCUGCUGUGACAUUUGUUCUAGAUGCCCUGGACGAAGUGGAUCAAGAGGACAGACAGGAACUCUUAGAUGCGCUCAGUCGUAUUUUACAGGAGUCGAACUCUCUUGUCAGAGUGUUCAUCUCAAGCAGAAGCAAUUACGACAUUGCUUUCUAUCUAAACGGGACGCCGAAUAUUUAUAUUGAAGCCGAUGACAAUGCUGAGGAUAUUUCAACAUUCAUUGACACACAACUUACGUCUGCAAGACUACUGCAUGGAAAACUCACACCAAGUCUACGAGAGGAAAUUACUAAUACACUUCAGGAGGGAGCCAAGGGAAUGUUUCGAUGGGUAGACCUUCAGAUCCAGUCGCUAAAAAGGGUCAAGGUGGCGGCUGAUCUGAAGGCGCGUCUCGGUGCUUUACCAGACACACUUGAGGGAUCGUACUGGGAAAUUUAUCAAGAAAUCCAAGAGUCUGGAGAGCAUGCUUUUGAACUCGCCAACUUCACUUUUCAAUGGCUGCUGUAUGCGCAGGAAUCCAUCUCCCUUGAAGCGCUCGCUGUGCUCGCGUGCACAAAGUCGAAAUCCGAAUCCGGAACUGCCUUUUCCAGCGAUGAGGUCCUGGACGUCUGCUCAAAUCUGAUUGUCACUCGCCAGAACUCGUUUGACUUCGCUCACUUGUCUGUUCGAGAGUUCUUCGAGCGACUACACAACCGAGACAUACAUAGUUAUCAAUCUGAGAUAAGCCACGCCGUUAUUGCAGCCGCAUGCUUGCGAUAUCUUAACUUGGCUCAAGUCGAAAACAGAGGGAAAGCGUUACGAGAGAAAGUUAUGAAUAGCAUCAAAGAGGAAUGUCGGGUAGAUGGUGGUCCCAAUGAGCAGAAGAAGGAGAGAGGCGAGAAUACGGCAGAAAAGGACGACGAACCCCAUCAGGAUGAAGUGGAUGACAACGCAAAAGAAGCUGAUGAAAUCAGUGACGAAGAGGCCUCUACGGGCCAAGAUGACCAAGAAGAUCCAGAAAAGACAGCUAAGAAGGUUGCUAAGUGGAUCGAGAAAAUGAAGGACGACGAACUAAAAUGUUUGAGUUUCGAAAUCUUUGCAGUGGUAUCAUCUGAUGAUGUUUACGGCCAGCCAAGCGAAUAUGCUGUAACUUGGGUGAUUGAUCAUAUUGAGAAGAGCGACAAGUACCGUUUAGAAAGUCCUCUAGCCGACUUGAUAAAGGCUUUCAUGCUGGAGAAGAGCAGCGAAAUGGGGGACCCAGCCUACAAAGUUUCCAGAUCUUUUCACGUGUGGAGCGCUCUAAUGAGCAAGGUUAUCGAAAACUCGAACCAAAAGGAGCUUCUUGAGUCGGCAGCUCGAUUACCGUCAAGUCCGAUAUGGGUGACCUGUCAAAUGGAUUGGCUCGAAGUUGCCGAGUAUCUCUACGAAUGCUCGUAUCCAGGUAUUAACGACGGCCGGAGCAUGGCUUCUCUAAAAAGUUCGUUUGAAGUUAAUCCCAUGUGGUACGCGAUACUUUCGAAAAAGCUCAACCUGAUCGACUAUUUGACCAAGUGCAAUGCGGACGCGAAUCGAAUCUUUGCUGUCGGUGCAUACAGUGAGCCGAUCGUGACGGCGGCAAGGCGUAAUGAUACCGAAUUGAUCACCAUUCUGUCAAAACAGAAUUACGGGGGUCAAGAGGCUGCGGCGGAGGCCUUUAUAAGCGCAGCUGGUGAGGGACAUUGUGAAUCCAUAAGUCUCCUUCUAGACCUUUCGCUAGUGACAAUAGAUAAAGUAGGACACAAUGCUCUAUGCUCUGCCUGCGCCGGUGGGCAUCUCGACGCGAUUAGUCUCUUGCUUGACAAGGGCGCUCCCACCGGGAGAGGCGCUUUUAUGCUCUACAGAGCGGUUUUGCACCAGCAUAUAGAGGUAUCAAGGUUCUUGAUAAGUAGAAAUAUUGGCCUUGAUGGUGUCUCCGCCGCACUUGUCACUGCCGUAUCUAACUCGGAUAAGGAGUGUGUGGAUUUCUUGUUGCAGAAAGGGGCACAAAAGGAGGGAGUGGCACUUGUGCGAGCGAUUCGAGACAAAACGUCCAUGACUGCGCUAGGGUUGAUCAAAGUUGGCUACAAUGUCCAUGGAAAGUAUCUACAGAAGAGGCGGAGUGCUCUGCAUUACGCGGCCUUGUUGGGGCAACCCAAGAUUGUCGAGGCCCUGCUUGAAGCCUCUGCGGACCAUGGUUCAGAUGUGUUGUGCGAAGAUUUUCAGGGAAGAAUACCCUUGGAUUUGGCGGAGGAGAGGGAUUGUAUUGGUGCGGAAGAGAUUAUUAGGGAAGAAAUGGAGGGGUUGUUACAGAGACUGACGGCGAAAAGAGAUACGACUUAG